ACAAAAACAGCCCGUCGAAGAGGCAAAGAGUGCACUCGGUCCUGAGCAUCAUUAGAGGAAGAUUUUUCUUUUCAGCCUGAAGCUUUACUUCCCCGGUCCUUUUGGAUCAUGGCUAAAGAUGCUGGUCUGAUUGAAACAAACGGAGAAAUCAAGGUUUUCAUUGAUCAGAAUCUUAGCCCCAGUAAAGGUGUCUUGUCCUUGGUUACUGUUCAGCCCACAGCUGUUGCCAAACAGCUCCUGCCCAAAACCCUCGGACCCUCCAACGUGAACAUUGCUCCACACAUGCAACAUGUGCCCCAUAUGGUGAUUGGAACACCCCAGAGGCCCACUGUUUCCAAUACCAUACUGGUAAACAGUCCGCAUACACCCAGUUCCCAGUUCCUCACCCAGACCCAGCCACCAGAUGCCUCCCCAUGGUCUUCAGGGAAACGAGGUAAGAAAGGUGAGAAGAAUGGGAAAGGUUUAAGGCAUUUCUCCAUGAAAGUGUGUGAGAAAGUCCAGAAGAAAGGAGUCACAACCUACAAUGAAGUGGCAGAUGAGCUGGUAGCAGAAUUCAGCUCGACUGAUAACCACAUGUCCCCUAAUGACUCGCAUGUGUACGAUCAGAAGAACAUCCGACGGCGUGUGUACGAUGCACUCAAUGUCCUCAUGGCCAUGAACAUAAUUUCUAAAGAGAAGAAAGAAAUCAAAUGGAUUGGCCUUCCCACCAACUCGGCUCAGGAAUGCCAAAACUUAGAGGUGGAGAGACAGAGGCGGUUGGAGAGAAUUAAGCAGAAACAGUCACAACUUCAAGAGCUCAUAUUACAGCAAAUAGCGUUUAAGAACCUGGUCCAACGGAACAGACAGACAGAGCAGCAGACAAACAGGCCCCCUCCUCCAAACUCAGUCAUCCACCUUCCCUUCAUUAUUGUCAACACCAGCAAGAAGACAGUCAUUGAUUGCAGCAUCUCCAAUGACAAGUUUGAGUACUUGUUCAACUUUGACAACAUGUUUGAGAUCCACGAUGACAUUGAAGUGCUGAAACGGAUGGGCAUGGCCUGUGGUUUGGAGGUGGGGAAGUGUUCUCCAGAGGACCUCAAAGUGGCACGCAGCCUAGUGCCUAAAGCUCUGGAGCCCUACGUCACAGAGAUGGCAAAGGGUCCCAUCAGUAACGUCUACAUCACUGGAGCAUCCUCAGCUAAUGGAGCUCGUUAUCCUGUGGGCAGUGAUGGAGGGGCUGAUGGCACCAUGGCUUCCAGCUCAAACGACUCUCACUACAGCGGGUCUCGUGUGGAGACUCCAGUGUCUUACGACGACGAGGAUGACUAUGACGAAAACGACGAUGACGAUUAACCUGCCUCUCGACGCCCACCUCCCUCACUCCAACAAGCACAGUCCCUCAAGUUGUCGUCACCACAGGAUCCUAGUCCCCCAGUCCCCUUUCCUGUGUCCCCUCCCCCACCUCUUUCCUGGCCCGGCCUCUCAGGGGUGUUGAUUAAUUCUGAGGUAGAAGAGGUGUGUGCGUUUGUGUGUGUGUGUGUGUGUGUGUGUGGCUCCCCUCUCCUUUCCCUGGCUCCUAAUCACACGUGCACCUGCACCACAGCUCUCUAGGAACUAUAGUCUAUGGCCGGAGCACCGUGUUAAAGUUUCUCUAUGUCCCUAUCCACGUCUCAAUAAGCCAUCCCACUUUCAAAUAAAACAAAAAACCCUCUGUACAACCCACUGCUGUUGGAGAAUGUAUAGUGUACUGUGUGUGAAUAGUUAUCCCUGCUAUGAUUACAGUUGGCAGACUUUUUCGAAGAUCCAGUGUUCCAUGAUGGCCACCGUAGUGUCGGCUUUGCCGCAUCGUGACACUGUGGAAGCCAGUGUGGCCUCUGUAGUUGCCAUUGCAUCCCAGGAUGGGGCCUGCUCCAUCGAAUGCGUGGAUACUUUUUCCUUUUUUUGUGUGUUUUGGACAAUAAUUUUGGAUUUUUCCUAUCUCCCACUGUGUUGGGCCGGCUUCCUUGUGUUCUGCAGGCAGCUGUUUUCCUGAUCUCGUUUGCUUGUUUUGUUUUAUGUUUUGUACUCUGGAGUUGUUAAGGAAUUAUCCCUUCCCCGCCCUGUCACACCUUGGUAGUGUUUACAUAAGAAUGGCACCAGCAAGGUAAAGACCUCCAUAACCCAGGCUUCCUAGGAAAAUAAGCUUUGUUUGUUAAUUAAGUAUAUGGAUCCUAUGAUGAUUGUAGCUUAUAGUAUCCUUUAGAGGCCAGUGCUAAAAGGUAGACCUGAAAAUUAUUGACGUGUGAAAUGUGGUUGUGUAGGUCUUUAUGUAUUCCCUGCAGAGAACUCCUUUUUAAAACUGAGCAACACAUGUACUGACUCUUCCAAAUACCUUUUUCUGUAAUCUAAUAUAAGUUUGCAAAUUAAAUAUAGAU